AUGCCUGCUCCUCAGGUCAACGGCGAGGUCACCAGCCAUGUCAAUUCCGCCUUCCUCCAGCACCUCUUCUCUUAUCCCCUGGUUAGCGACGGCAUUCACACUGUGACCACCAACGAAUACGCACAGCGGCCCAUCAAGCUGGGCGAAUCUGCCUAUCGAACUUUUGCCGCCCCUGUUCUUCCCUACUUCUCGAAGCCCUAUGGCAUCGUCUCUCCCUACGUCCAAAGGGCCGACUCCUUUGGCGACAAGACCCUGGAUCGCAUUGAUGAGCGCUUCCCCAUUGUCAAGAAGCCCACUGGUGAUCUCUACAAUGAGACCCGCGGUCUGAUUCUGUUCCCCUACCAGAAGGGCCUCGAGGGCAAGGAGCACGUGUUCAACACCUACGCUUCCGAGCUUAAGAAGCUUGAGCAGGAAGGCGUCGUGGCCCAGGGCAAGGCUGCCGUUUCCACCGCCUUUGUCAUUAGCAACGAAACGCUGGCCUGGCUGAGCAGCUGGGUUGCUGUCAAGAAGGCUGACGCCACUGAAGCAUCUAAGGAGAAGAUCAACCAGUAG